AUGUCGACGCUGGCGCGCGCCGAGAGCGCGUCGACGCCGGACGAAGACGUCCCGAUGACGUCAUCGAGUGUGUCUGGAUCCGCCGCCGUGGGCGCGUACGAGGCCCGGGAGCUGUACGACGCGAACGCGGACGCGCGAGAAGCGAAGGCGUUCAGACGCGCGCUCGGUCUCGACGCCGUGGGCGACGACGCGCGCACGGACGCGGUGCUGUCGUGCGUCGGAUGCUUUGCAACGAUAUGUGCGCUGUGUCAAAAGCACGAGCGGCACGAGCAGUACCGAGCGGUGUUCGCGGCGGGGGUGCGGACGGAGACGGAGGUUGCGUGGCGGCCGAGCGAGGCGACGGACGCGAACGAGCGGUAUCGAGAGGUGAAGUGCGAGGAGUGCGGGACCACGGUGGGAGUGAUGGACGACGACGACGUCUACCACUUUUUUAACGUGCUCGCGAGCGCUGGAUGA